AUGCACCCAGCGGGCGGGGGAGGAGGAGGGCCGGCCGUGCGCCUCGCUGCGGAGCACGGGGUGUGUACGCGGCUGCGAGCGCGGGCGGAGGGAAGGGGCUUCUCCCGCCCCCGCGGAGCCCGCUCCCCCCGCGCUACAUGCCGGCCCCGGCUGCCGGCGCGGCCAGGAGGGGCAUUUCCAGGGAGGGAUGGAUGGUCCGCAGGCGGCCGUCAGGCGCGGCGCUGCGGGCUCACGGCGGCCCCCGCACCGGCUCCCCCGUUCCCGCCUGCGCGCCGCCCGGCUCCCCCGCCCGGCACCGGCGGGAGGCGGCAGCUGCCCCCGCCCCGGGAGGGCUGGCGCCCGCGCCCCGGCCCGGCCCCCGAACCGCGCGGGAGCCGCCCGCUCGCCCGCGCCCGCCGAGCACCCGGCGACAGAGCGGGGAGGCGGUGGCGGCCGGGAGCAUCGCACUUAGGAAGCCAUCGCGGCGAGGGAGGAGGAGGAGGAGGGCAGCGGGCCCGGAGAUUUAGCGCGGCGACGCCGGCCCCUCCUUCGGCCGAUCCCGCCGGUCGGCGCUGCGGCGGGGGCCAUCUGCCGGCGGCCGCGGCGGCUGCACCGGCCUGGGCGGCCCCGCCGCCGAGGUACCACCUGAGGCGGCACAGCGCCCGCCCUCCCCAGCACACCGUGCCUUCCGCAGCUGCACCCUCAGCCUUUGCCCCGCGGGAAUUCUCUGCCUUCGUUAAAACGCGUUUGUGGUACAAAUAGGGUACGAAUUGUCAUCGUCAGGUCGGUGCUGGCCUCCUGGGAAAGGGAUUGCCCAAUUCCUUUCCAGAAAAGCUGGAUCACUUCGAGAC